CACAUCCUCAAGGAUCUCAAUGACAUCGUCGCGAAGACCGUGACGGAAGUGCACGGCGCCAUCGUAAUCACCAUCUCGCUCGGACAUGAACUCGAGGCUGUCCCACCACGCACGAGCCGGCGGCCCAACAUGUGCUCAAGAAUCUGCCUUUUAAAGGGCGCGUCAAGCAUAAAGUCUAUGCCACUCUUUAUCUCGACCCCAGGCCCUGAGCUCCUGGACCGAACGCUACGUCUUCUCUGUGGGCUUAUUCUUGCGCUUCUUCUCUUUCUCAACAUGCCUCGGGACAUGAGCUACAGAAAACCAGUCCCUGCUUACAUUCCUUCUCCUCCACCUUCUCCAGCGGCAGGCUUCCGCGAACGCAUGUCGUUUGGAGAUGCUAGUGGCUACCCAGAAGACGUGCCGGGCAGCGUGGCUGACUCGUUCUCCAACCAUCCUAAUUCCUCAUUGUCCUCUGUACACACACUGCCGAGACAUCGAAAUGAGCUGGUCUCAGGUGCUCUACAAGUGCCACGGAUAGCACCGCCUGUAUACGUCAGAACGAGCUUUUUCCGGGUGCAAACCUACCGACCUCCUACCCCACCCAAAGGACGAGAACCUACACACUUGCCCAAAUACCAGGUCAGCAUCCUCGAAGCACCCGCUCAUAGCAACUCUAAACGCAUUUCUCCAGCCUCGACCGUCAGGCAUGUCGUCGCAAAACCAGUCCUUUUCACACUGUUCCUCAAUCUUGACAUCGUCCACCUACGUCGACUUGAAACUCGCCACCGUAGAGAAAUCUGGGAAUCGCUCAUGGUGGCAGAAGCUCAAAGAUUGGGGUCGCUCGAUUAGAUCUCGUGCGAGGCAGCGCUUUCGGGUCUGGUUACCUUGAUUCAGGAUGAGAAUGUGGCCCAUUUGUGUAGGUCCAUUUACUCAAUGUAGCCAUCAGAGUUAUGUAUCUGUACGUACGUACGAGUUCAAAUGAAUAUGUAUCACCUCCUCGACGUUGUCGACAUCAGCGAUUAACUCACAGGCUGCAUCGGAUUACACUACAGUACCCCUAUUUCUAGUUUCCUCGGCCCGGAGACAGACGUGGUGACCCGAUUGAUGCAUU